AAUGAAAAUUGAAAACACAAAACGUUGAGUUGUUGUUCCACACUCAAAACCAUACGCCGCUCGUGCAGUCGCCGCCAACCUCCCACCAUUUCUGCGCAGGUGUGUAUAUUAUGGAGGACAAGAGAACAGAAUAAGCUGGAUAGUAAUGAACUUUGACGGAGCCGAUUUUGUUGUAAUGUACAAAAAGUUAAGAGAGAAGUUCAAGAUAAUGGCAUGAACUGCACAAGUAUCGGAACAUCUAGAAAAUGUUGGCUGGCAGUUAUGGAUCUUUGAAGAAUGCAGAGGAUGUUUCUGUUGAUUUACUUGAACUUUCGCGAAGCAGAGACCUCAAGGUGGAGGCCAAAGAGGACCCUGAUGCCACUGAAUAUUCAAGCUCAUUUGCCGACACAAUUUCUGGAAAUGAGAACGGUUCUAGUUUGAGCGAUGCUGAAGUUGAAUCAAAGUUAAUUCCUGACAUUUAUUUGGCUCCUGCUUGUCAUGGAUUUGGCAGCGUCUUCCCAAUAAGAAAGAAAAAAAUGACUGCUCAUUGGAGAAAUUUCAUACAUCCGAUAAUGUGGCGAUGCAAAUGGGCAGAGUUGAGAAUAAAGGAGUUUGAGUCACAAGCAUCAAAAUAUGCCAGGGAGGUUUCUGUAAUUGACCGUGGGAAACAUAUGUCGUUAGAUAAAACAGCAGUGGAACAGUUGGGAUCAAAGUCACUGCCAUUUUCGCUUCAAUGUCACAGAAGAAGGCCGAUGAAGAGGAGGAAAAGAAAAAGAGUGGAGAAUACAAUUGAUAUUGCAUCAUACAUGUCAAAUCAUAUCCUUUUCUCUGAGCGAGAAAAUAAGAGGCCUGAUCUGGAUGGAGUUCCUACAUGGGAGAAUAAUGACAAGCAUACAGGAAACCGUGAUGAGUUUGGCCUUGACGAUGAUUAUUCAUUUCAUGAAGAAAAUGAUAAUAUCCUAGAGCAUAUCCUCAGGAAAAUCGAGCUUGUGCAUACCCGGGUUCAUAAGUUGAGGAGUCAACUUGAUGUAGUGCUGAUAAAUAACGCUAGCAGGUUUUCUUCCUCUGAGAACUUGAGCCAACUUAUGGGGGGUGAUGUACGUAGCCCUACAUUCUCUGCUUGCAAUGGAGAUACGGUCUCUGCUGGGGGCCUGUAUGCAUCAUCUCCGUAUAUAGGGGACUAUGAUAUCGGGGAUUUUGUUUUACCCGACAGUCCAGAAGUUUCCAGCUUUGGAGAGCCUAUUGCUAUUCCUGAUAUCAUUGAAAGCACCGUUGGGCUUCUGUCCUCCAUAGAUGUCACUCAGCAUCAAUCCCAGAUCGGAGACUCAUCUGAAAAGAUUGUGGACAACAUCCUCGUACAAAACGAGGCAGCUGAAGUUGAGGUCGCCUUCAAAGACAGCCACAACCAAUCCGCUGACAAGGCUCAGGACGCGGAACACAGUGGAGAGGAAGAGAGCAAUAACAAGGCCUCCGUUUUGGCUGUAGAAUCCAACAACGCAGAGGCAAACACCUUGAAGUCAUGUCUAACCUCACAGAUACACUUCCCUAAGAAUAAGAGGAAGCGGGGAGAGCGCAAAGCAGGUUCUGGGAAUUGGAGUCGCCAGUGCCCAAGCGAACCUGACAGCUAACGAGAAGCACGGUUAUUAGAGCCUGAACUAUCUCCUGCUGUGCUUCGAAAUGCUAGUUCUGUGCGAUGCAGGCACGCUUCGAAUGGCCCCUUAAUUUCGAUAGAGCCUAGUUUUCUUAUUCAUUCAUUUGUGGGUUCUUUGAGCCAAGUUGUUAGUACUUCAGUUUAGGAAGUGCAGCCAUAAUGCUGCAAUGUAUUAUUGUAUGUGUAGGCUGUUUUAGUCAUUAAAUAACUGCUGGAUUCCAGUUUUUGUUUGUUUCA